UCUCACGUCUCUAAACGCACUAUCGCUGAGGUGGGACUUAGUGACGAUGAAAACACCAAUGGCAAUUGUAUUGGCGGUGGUAGUCGGGGCAACGCCGGGGUUGGCGGUGUUAUCUAUUCAAAGAUGAACGAGGGCGACGAUGACAACGGCAACGAGGAGGAUGAUGAUGACGGUGCGCAAUCCGAGGGCACCACAAUCGCCGCAGUAGGAUCGCGGGAGACCGGCAAGCGGUCCAAGUUUACAUUCCGUCGCAGCAUCAUGGAGCGUUUUCAACGUUGUGGGAUCGAUUUCACUACUUUUGCGCCACCUUAA